AUGCACACAUCUGGAUCUGGUACUACUCCACCACGUCGAUCUGGUCCUUCUCCAGCUCUCCCAACUAAAGACGGACGUAUCGAGUACAAUCCUGGUGAUGCUGGAGGGCGUUCCACAACUACUCCUGCCGGCUGUUCGGGGCUGGACGGUUUUAAAACCGUUAGACCGUUACAGUCUAACAAGUUACUCAACCUCGCAGUGAAUUCGACACCACCAGAACUUUCACGUGGUGAUUCAUAUCCAAUGGAUAAGCUGUUAGCAAAACUCUCGGAACAGCAGGCUAAGCUUAAACAGAUACCAGACUCAAUGCAGCUUAACGAAGCAGAGUCUCCACGAAUGGCUACAUGCGAAGAUCUGGGAUCGUCGGCCUCAUUGCCGGCCACCCCAACCGUCCAUACCCUUCCUACUCCGGAUGCUGAGCUGCGACCGUCUAGCGCAACGAUACAGCAGGAGUGCCUUGAAGGAGACGAAGUUCUGAGGCUGAAGCUUCAGCUGGUGCAAGCACAGAACAAAAUUUCUAAACUAGACCAGGAACUUGCACAAUCAAGAACCAGCCGGCCCAACUCUGUGGGCCAGAAAACUGCCCCUUCAAGACCAUUGAUGAACCAAGUUCCGCGAGACACCGCUUGGAGUUUGGCAGAAGAUGCUCAAUCCGAUACGAGCGAAUCAUUUUCUACAUCUGGACUCCCUAAACGCCGAGCUAUAUGGGGAAACACCAAGGCGAGCUUCAGCGGCACAGCUCUUCAUACCCAAGCAGCUGAACCGUCUCCCAGUAGUUGGCUUGACGGCCGAGCAAUUGGUCCCGGAUACAUGGAUCACUCGUUUGGUACUUCCGAACUACAGAGGAAUGAAGUAAUAAGCACUGAAGCGGACUUGCUGAUGCGGUCCUCAGUCAAUAGACGAAGCAAUCGUUUUGAUUCCAGAAUGGGCGGACCACAGCCACUAGGACCUACAUUCGCUGGCCCAACUAGUCCAUUCGACCCGAUGAUGGCCUCUAUUUCUGCAGCAAAUAUGGGCAUGCCGCCAGGCCAUGGUGGCAUGGGCAUAUCAAUGUUUCCACAAUAUCAGCAGCAGCCAAUUGGUACACCUUUGUCACCUCAUGCAUCGGAGUUCACUUCGAAAAGUGGUUGGAAGUCUGAGACUUCCAUGUCCGAGGCACACACGUAUCUUCCACCGACAGAACCACUUAACUACCGUCGCCUUCUAGACCGGAACGUUAACUGCAAUUGGAAGUAUAUUGUGGACAAGAUCGUGUGCAACAACGACCAACAAGCGUCCAUAUUUUUGCAACAGAAAUUAAAGGUUGGCACUCCGGAACAAAAGUACGAAAUAGUGGAAGCUAUAGUAGCCCAAGCUUAUCCUCUAAUGGUCAACCGCUUCGGUAACUUCCUCGUGCAGCGCUGUUUUGAACAUGGCACCCCAGAACAAGUUAUUAAGAUAGCUGAAGCUAUUCGUGGGAAUACCCUAAACCUGUCUAUGGAUCCCUUUGGUUGUCAUGUCGUUCAAAAGGCUUUCGACUCUGUCCCUGAAGAUUACAAAGCGAUUAUGGUUAGAGAACUAUUGCGGCGAAUUCCAGAAACCGUGAUUCACCGCUAUGCUUGCCAUGUAUGGCAGAAGCUUUUUGAACUUCGGUGGACGGAGUCACCUCCUCAGAUUAUGCAAUUUGUCAAUGAUGCAUUGCGUGGAAUGUGGCAUGAGGUUGCGCUGGGCGAGACUGGCAGCCUGGUUGUGCAAAACAUCUUUGAGAAUUGUCUCGAAGACGAUAAGCGACCGUGUAUCGAAGAGGUUCUUGCCAACAUCGACAUCGUGGCCCAUGGUCAAUUCGGCAAUUGGUGUAUCCAACAUAUUUGUGAACAUGGAUCACCACCAGACAGGAGCCGGGCCAUAGAUCACGUCAUCCGAUAUGCUGCAGAAUACAGUACCGAUCAGUUUGCUUCCAAGGUCGUUGAAAAGUGCCUUAAAAUCGGAGGGUCUGAUUUUCUUGGCCGGUACCUGGAUCGUGUUUGUGAAGGCCGCCGAGACCGUACUCGUAUUCCACUAAUCGAUAUUGCAAGUGAUCAAUACGGCAAUUAUCUUAUUCAAUGGAUUCUUGACAAUGCCACCCCUCAGCAUCGCGAGGUUGUUGCUGCUCACAUCCGAAAGCACAUGGUUUCCCUAAGAGGGUCGAAGUUUGGCUCCCGUGUUGGUAUGCUAUGCACUAACCAUGCUGUCACUACCAGACCAGGGCAUGGCGCUGGACCAAGCCUCCCAGGACGUCUCCCUGGUGGGAGAUACAGCACAAACACUUACCGCUAG